UGCGCGAGGCCUGGGAGCUAGCCUGGCCGGGCGUGUCAAAGUUGACGGCGCUCUCUGUUGCUGUUACAAAGUUUGCAGCUUUCACCCUCGCCAAAAAGAAACUUUUUAUUUGGGUGUACAACGGGGGUUUUUUCCCUCGUUUUGGCGUCGCACUUUUGUGCGAUGGGGUGUUUUAGAAACAGCCUAACCGAAGAGGAGAGAGAAAACACGAAGAAACAGAAAACAACGAACAAAAAAAUUGAAAGGCAAUUGAAGGAGGAUAAGAUUGCAUACCGUGCGACUCAUCGUCUUCUACUGCUUGGUGCUGGCGAGUCAGGGAAAAGUACAAUCGUCAAGCAAAUGAGAAUUCUGCACGAUGUCCACGGCUUUACAGAACUGGAAAAGAGGCAAAAAAUAGAGGAUAUCAAGAAGAACAUUAGAGAUGCAAUAUUGACCAUUACUGGCGCUAUGAGCACUCUCACGCCGCCAGUAAAGCUUGCAAAUCCAAACAACCAGUUUCGCUUGGAUUAUGUCCAUGAAGUCGCUACGGCUCCAGAUUUCGACUAUCCGCCGGAAUUUUACGAGCAUACUAAGAUCCUAUGGCAAGACGCUGGUGUAUUGGAGUGCUACGAGAGAUCCAACGAAUACCAGCUCAUCGACUGUGCUCAGUACUUUCUAGAUCGGGUGGACACAAUCCAGCAACAAGAUUACCUACCAACAGAGCAGGACCUGCUAAGAUGUCGUGUAUUGACAUCAGGGAUUAUAGAAACAAGAUUUGAAGUUGACAGAGUGAAGUUUCACAUGUUUGAUGUGGGAGGCCAAAGAGAUGAAAGAAGGAAAUGGAUACAGUGCUUUAAUGAUGUUACAGCUAUAAUAUUUGUGGUUGCGUGCAGUAGUUACAAUUUGGUACUCAGAGAAGAUGCUAGCCAGAAUCGGUUGAAAGAGUCACUUGAAUUGUUUAAAAGUAUUUGGAAUAACAGAUGGCUCAGGACCAUCUCUGUAAUUUUAUUCUUAAACAAGCAAGACUUGUUAAAAGAUAAAGUCCGUGCAGGCAAAUCAAAGAUCGAAGAUUACUUCCCUGAUUUUGCAAGAUACAGAACGCCUCCAGAUGCCACGGCAGAGCCGGGAGAUGAAGAGGCAGUAACGAGAGCUAAAUAUUUUAUUCGAGACGAAUUUCUUCGGAUCAGUACCGCGAGUGGUGACGGGAAGCAUUACUGCUAUCCCCACUUCACAUGCGCUGUGGAUACAGAAAACAUAAGACGGGUGUUUAAUGACUGCCGGGAUAUCAUUCAGAGAAUGCACCUCCGGCAGUACGAACUCCUGUGACGUCAUCACCUCCCACCGUCCAUCCCCUCAAAUGGCGGCCUGUAGUUACUCGCCCUCAAUAUGCCAUUGUCCAGGGCAGUAUUCAAGAGUAAUGAUGGCCUUACUGUACCUCCCGGACACGCCCACUCAGCCGCUGAUUAGGAAUUUUUCUCAUGAAUUUCGAGCUCUCGUUGUUGCUUUUUAGAUAAAGUAUCUCUAAUUUAUUUCUCUUAUGAAGUCAAACAGUCGAAGGACGAAAUUCGUUUAGUAGUUCAUAGCUAGACCCGACAGGCCAUUUAGAGAACGUGGACGCAAAGUGGGCAACUCCGCGCGUGAAUUACUGCCUUGGAACAUUAGACUGCCUUGGGACCCGUCGCGUUCACCCUAACUAUCAUUACGGCCCAUCUAAAGCACUUGAGCUCUUGUGCCAGACAGGCGUUGAAGGCGCUCUAAAAACGGCCCAAUUUGCGCCAUGGGCCUGUUUUUAGUAUCGUCUUCAACCAACACCUCCAACAAUCUUUAUGUUUGUUCUUGGUGGGGUCGAAUACUUUCGUCAGGUUUCGUUGGACCGUCUUUCGCGUUUCCUGUCGCUAAACAUUUCAAUGAAUUCUUGCGUUAGCAACAAUAGAAUAAAUAGUUAUCAUUUACUUCUUAUAUGGCAUGUGUGACGUCACAAUGGCCUGUGUGGGCCGCGAAGGGUGACGAGGAUCUUUGGCUCCCGUGAUCCUUUUCGACCCCAUUUUGCCGGAAACGAUUUUUUGAAAAUCGGCAAAAGUUAACAGGCAUUUGCAACAGAAGAAAAUGGCUUGUGAUUGGUGCGCGUGUGCUCAGUCUGACACUUGAUUGGUUAAAAGUAUUUGCACGUGACCGGUGAUUGUUUUCGUGAGAUGUCUAAAUUGGAGCCGCGCAACCGUCACGGCUUAUUAUAAAGUAUUAACGAUAUUAUAACAAACAAGAGAGAAUAGAAGAAUUUAAUGUCAAGUAGAUGUUCCCAUGGAAUUUUCUGAAUAUUUUUAACCUGUCGUUACUGUCACUUCGGUCACGAAUGCGCCAGGUAGCCAUGGAAACCAGUGACGUCACACUGCUACUGCCUCAUAUCAUUGCCUUGAUUACUGCCCUUUGGAAGUGUGAAUAAGUACAUACGAUAUAAUUAGAUUUAUAUUAUAAACAUGAAAGGACAUUUUAACUCGAUUAGUGAUAGCAAAUCAAUGGUUAGCCUAGGUCAUCGUCCAACUUCGGUGGAUUCUCCGAACAGCUUCGUUUGAUCGAGAUUUUUUGGCCAUUUAAGGCCGUUCUUCAGAGACGAAAAAUCCUUUCCUGGAGUUUGGUUUGUAGUUCCUAAAGAAACCCCUUCCCUGUCAUGUUUAAAUGCCUAAAAAAAUCAAAAUACUAAGACGAAUGUACAAAGCCUGGCCAAUUUCUUGUCGUAGUCGUCGUGUUAAUAGUGUAGAGAAAGUAGUUAUGUGUUUUGUGGUAGUUUAGAAAUGGUACCUAGUAGAAAACAAAGUAGCGGAAGAAUCAUGAACAAAGCCUGACACAUUAGGUCAACCAGUCUCCCUUCUCCUUUGAGGCGCGUCGUCGAUGGAAAGGCCUCUAGGAACUCCAACAAAUGUAUAUUGGUAAUAAACAUCUUCUAAUUUUUGGGAAAGCGAAGCGGACCUUCGGGAUAUUCGCUCACUGUCCACCCUUCCAAUAGAAAGCACGUGUCUUUCACGUGUCUCUGUGAUUAAUAAAUACUAACGUAAGGCUUCAACUCUCAACUGUCAUAUUAAGUUUUAUGUCAAAAAUAAACAUUACUCCGUA